UAAAUCGUACACGCGGGGAACCACAACAAAACAUUAAAAUGGCGAGUUCGAGAGGAAGAAAUGAUUCCUUUGUGUGGACCGACGACGAAGCAGAACUACUGCUCCGUGUCACAYUGAAUUAUAAGACCACCAAGGAGCAGGACGGUGUUGACUGGGAGACGUGCCAAUCCAAAUAUGCAGACAUAAUGGACGCUUUUCUGGAGCAGUAUCCGGCGACGGGCAUGGCUGAGGGGAAGGAUUUUCCUCACCAGAUCCAGAACAUCUCGAAAGCCCAGAUCAGCACAAAGAUUAAAAGCAUUCGAGGGAAAUACAGGCAGGCGCUGAACAYGGGGCGUCGCAGGGGGCUAGGACGUGUUCUUCUGUUGUUUUUUGGGCUGUGCGAGGAGAUAUGGGGACGGUCGCCCGCAGCGACCCCCAUCUCAGCCGGCUUUGAGACGGCAGACAUCGCCGACUCUUCCUCACCUUCUUCUACCCGGGCGACGUCUCCGGCAACAGAGCCMCCAACUGGUUUUAAAUGUGAGGAGUCUGAGGUAAACCUGGACAGCAACAGAAAUGAGACGGUGAAAAGGAAGCCCCCGGCUGAACCCGCAGAGCUGGACGACCUGCAGAUAAAGAGGAGGAUGCUGCAGCUAAUGGAGCGAUCUGAAAGACGCAGCGCAGAAAACCUGCAGCAAAUCAACACAAACAUUGCGAACAGUACUCGGAUGAUUCAGGAGAGCCUCUCGCUGAUGAAGGAACUCAUACAACAACGCGUUAAGCAGAUAGAACUAAAACUGCUUUAAGUGUUGUUGCUUUUACAGUUAUACUUCAAAAAGGUUCUCUCUUGUCUUUUAUAUUUAAAUAGCUAUUUUUUCCCUUUGGAAACUAAUUUACACGU